GGGCGGUCCUAUCAGUUUGCAUUUCCCCAUGAGCCUCCCACUUCCGCGCGACUUCUUCGACUGCCGCCCGCUGCCGCAAAGCGAAGAGCACGACCUCCUCGACCUCGCUGCCGCCGUCUGCCAUGACACGGCGCUCAAUGCGCUCACGAUGGCCCAGCGGCCGCCAUCGAAGGAGAUCAUCAACGAGGCCACCAAGCGCCGGGCGACGCUGCACUUUGGCACCGAUCUCGUUGACCCGGCCAUGUACGGGCUCACGGGCGUCUCGCGAUUGCGCACGACGAUCGACGAGCUCGUCGAUUUUCUGCUCCUCACAACCCCCGAGAAGGUCCGCAUCUACGGCAACGUCGUGGGCCAAGCCGUCCUCGACCGCAUGACCUUGUACCAGCUGCCGCCGCGCGACUCGAGUAUGCUUGCUGCUAGCGUGCAGUGGGCCGUGAUUGAGAACCCGUUCUUGUCGUCCGCACUCACGCUCAAGCGCGACACGUGCUUUCUCGAGGUACUCCAGCGCAUCGAGGUGACAGACCCCGCGACAGGUCAGCGCCGACGGGGGCUCGUUCGCGCUACCCACUCGGUGGCGAUGGACAGCUGCCCGUCGCUGCGCAAGUCCCACAACAUUGUGCGCGGCGCGCUGAUUCGGUCGGGGCACUUGUUUCUUGAAGCGCAAGACGGCGAGUUCGACUACUACUACACGUACAUCGUCGCGGAUCCCGGGAGCGUACCCAAGUUUGUCUCGCUGCGCAUUUUCCAAAAGAUUGUGAGCCAGAUGCUCAACGUCGAGCACCACUUUGCACUCACGCGGCUUCCGGCGCUCAUGGCAGAAAUUGCCAAAGAGCCUCGGCGCCGGUUCAAACCCGACGGUGCCAUUGCCGCCUGCGAAGCCUGCGCGUCCAAAUUCAGUGUCUUUGGCUCCAAGCGCCACUGCUACAAGUGCCACCAGGUUGUGUGCUCGGCCUGCAUCCAGACGUACGCCGUGCGGACCCAGUGAAGUCUCAACGUCGAUUUAUGCACCUACUGCUUUUGCGGCCACAAACCCCGCGCUGGUAGAGGCUGCUCAUUUCGAGUCGCUCGGCUUGACUCGGACGACGUAGCUGGUCCGUACUGCUACGGCCGCCAGAAUGAAGUAGCGACGUCGAGUCUGCGGUCGCCCUGGCACGUCCCCUCCAAGUCUAGUGACGACGACGAUCUCUGGACGAGCAACCAGCCAACGCUGCGUCAAGCUCCUCGACACGUGAUAUAUAUAUAGGAAUAAGAUUAUGAUCUCUAGUCAAACUCGUACGUGGCGUUAAUCGUGCGUCGGCGCUUCUUGCCGCUCACAUCGGCCACGUGGGGCGCUAUGUACAUGGCUUCCACCGCCUUCUCGGCGCCGCCCAAAAUGUACUCGACGUCGUACGUCACCGCAUCGGCCGAGA